ACCGGAUGUUAUCCUAACUUUUUUUCUUAAACACAGCUGCAACGUCAACUUCAGCGCGUACGGACUGUUUAUAUCAGAAUUUUCUCACAAUGGUUAAAAGAAUCCGUCAUAACAUUUCUGACAACGAGGGUUCUGAGGAUGAAGCGCUGUUUCCACUCCCACCUCCUCACUCCCCGGGUCAGACAGGACAGGAUGAGGGAGACCUAAUGUUAAACGAUGAUGAAGGUGGUGACGUGUCCAAACUGGCUGAUGUUCCUGUUGCCAAAAGAAAAGUAGUGAGACGGCCGCAGCCCAAACUGGACUCUCACAGACUGAUCUCUGACAGAGGACUUCCGUCUCUGAGAACUAUGUUUGACAAUGUCCACUUUAAAGGGAAAGGACAUGAGGCAGCAGACCUGCGGCUGUUGAUGCAGAAGAUGGAGAAUUGGGCUCACAGGUUGUACCCAAAGUUACAGUUUGAAGACUUCAUCGACAAAGUGGAGAAACUUGGAGCAAAGAAGGAAGUGCAGACUUGUCUUAAACGGAUCCGUCUGGACAUGCCACUGACACAUGAGGAUUUCAUUGGUAAAGAUGGUGAAGACACAGAUCAACCUGAGCCACGCGUGUUUGAAGAUGCCGACCCGUUUGGCGAAGUCAGCUUCGUAAACGAAGCACCAAGGCCGAUCUAUUCCACACCUGUAGCUGCUGCUCCACCAACUCCGUCUCCUGUUGUUCCUUCCUUGACUGAGGAGCAGCGCAGACGCAUGGAGCUGAACAGACAGCGAGCACUGGAGAAGAGGAUGUCUCGUUGUCAGCAGCCGUUAACAGACUCUCAGAACAGUAGUUUUCCGUCAACAGCCGAGGAGCCCAUGUCCUCCUCUGAAAAUGUCCUCACAGAUUUAAACAACCAGAUGGAGUUGGAGGAGGAGCUGGUGUCAGUCCCCAAGCCAACCGGACUAUCUCCUCACAAAGACUCUGACCCUUUAGAUAAAUCUGAACUCCACCAGGAGGAAGAGGAGGAGAAACAGGAGUCAGAGGAACCUGAGUCUGUGACACAGUCGCCCUCCGAGUGCAAACUUGAAAAGACUUUGGCUGAUUUCACUCAGCUGAAGGAGGUGGAGGAGCCAGGGGAGCAGGAGACUUCUAUACAUACUCCUCAACAAGAUGCCAUAGUUUCGUCCGAGUCGACUCAAAAUGGGGAAGAACAAGAUGAGGAAAUGACUGCGUCAUAAAUCCUUUAAAUCGAAGCAGCAGCUCAUUUGGCGAGAGAACCAUCUGGAGACACAUCUAGAUCUUUUUCGUAUUUGUUGUUUCCUGUUUGUUUGUCUAAAACUGAUACUGUUGAAUAUUUGUCAUUACAUUUUCUCUGACAUGUAUCCAGCAGCUUUACAACGGAAUACGAUUCUAAUUAUAGUGUUUGUUGUUAGGUUUAAAAAUGAAUGUCUAUAAACUGGACCAUUAUCACAUCUUUAAAUGACAUGUCAGACUGUCUCCAUCCAAGUACUACGAAACAUGGUUUCUUUACAUACAUUUUUUUGUAAAAUUUAUAUUUUUUGGUUGGUCCAGUCAGUCACACAUUGCUUUGAAAUUCAAAGCUAUUGGAAAUUUAAUUUUACUUCUUUGUCAGCGACACCAUGUUAUUGUUAUGAUCAGUUUUUGUUUGUCAAAUAAAUAACAUAAUAAAAAA